CAGGCAGCGAAAAGCAUGGCGGUCUCGCGUAUCAAACUCCUUCCCCAAGGGUGCGACAUACCAGUGUUGAAUCUCUGAUGGCUUCCUACGCGGGCGGUGACUAGUGAGGACAGCCCAGUAUCAUACUUUCGUUCCGAGGGAGAUAAGAUGUUUUUUGUAAACAACGUGCACACCACGCUGCUCGGGAAACGGCACGGACAGGACGCUUCGUCGCGAGCCGCUGACGAUUGGGUGGAGGAAGACGUCCCCAAGGCGUUGUCUUCCGACGCCCCUACACGUAUUUUCGUCGCAUUCGCCGUCAAUGACGACGAUAGAGGUGGGACCCUCCGAGGUCAGAACGGAGCGCUCGAUGCUUGACAUGGCAAAAGGGACUUAGGGCAAAAUCCGACGUGGGUCGAAAUCGGCACUGCGGCAAGAUGCGUGCCAUGAGGCAAAGCUGGUUGCCUCUCCUCUCCUCAAGCCAGCAUACAAAAGAUCUUCGCACCCUCAGCGUCACUAGCAGUGGACUGCCGCGGAGAUGUAUUGACCAGGAGAGCCAUUGGCCACGCCUGGCUUACAUGCGCGCUGUAGCCUGAGAGCGUGGCGGAUAUCGAUACUAUAGGGCCGAACAGCACUGACCGAGCACCAUCCGGAAGGGAAAUAUACUCGUUCAGGCUAGACAUGAACCUGUCUGCGGCACUCGUGCAUUGGUUCCACCGCUGGCUAGGACGAAGGCGUGGUCCAAGAUAGAACCUAAUACAAGUACCAAUGUCUGAGACCGGCCUCGGCUAGGAGUAACACUCUCGCCUUCAAAGAGCGCCCCAACGACUUCCAUAUCCGCGGACGCUGUGAUCCUGAUUCUGAGGACGAUUUUCCGGCUGCGUGUCGAAGCUAAGCAAUGCUCAGAAGCAUACUGGGGUACCGGUGAAGGUAGUCGUCUGGAGCCAAACAAGUCAUGCCUGGCGUUUGGACGCGCAAUUACGUACCAUAGUCACCUCAAG